AUGGUUACCCCACUCGAGAAAGCUAUCGAGAGAUAUAUUGAUGGCUUACCUGACUCCGUACAAGACAUCGUCACUGGUAGUAACCCUACCACAGUUCGUCAGGCAAUCGAGUUAGCUGCAACAUUGACUGAGUCACAGGUCCGAAAGGGUAAGCUACACAGGAAGGGUGACAAGGGUAAGAAACAGUCAUCUGAUAAGGGUGAAAGCAAGAAGGUUAAGAGCAAGAAGGGUAAAGAAACUGGUUCUUCGAAAGGGUCUAGGAAGCGCAAGGCUUCCCAGAAUUUCGCUAUCACUGCCCAAGCAAAUCAGGCAGCACCCAACCAGCCCGCACAACCGCCAGCAAAGAAACGAUAUGCGGGGAAUGCACCGUUGUGCAACAGAUGCAAUAGCCACCAUCAACUGCAAGUUCAGUGUCGUUUCUGUACUAACUGUGGGAAGUCGGGUCAUCUUGUUGAUAUUUGUCGCUUUGCUCCCAAUCAAGCUGCAUGUAACCCAGCUCAGCAGGCUGCUCAAACGCCUGCUCAACAGCAAGCACAAGCUGCACGACCUCACUUUCCUCCUGGUUCGUGCUACAACUGUGGGGACCUUACUCAUUAUCGAAACCAGUGCCGAUAA